CGGCACAAGAGAAACCAGCUAUCGUGGGGGGAAGAGGGCAGAUGCUCCAGGCUGCUAAUCUGUGACAUGGAAGACCCAGGUUCAGUUCCCUGCUCCACUACAGGUUAUCUGUGAGAUGAUGCGCAAGUCGCUUAAGCUCUCUGUGCCUCCCCUCCCAUCUACAAAUGGGGGAUAAUGUAUCAAUGCGUAAGUCACAGAUAGCCUCAAGAGUCAGCCAUGACAGACACGAUGUUUGGCAACAGUACUGAUCGGUGGAUGUGUCCAAAUGACAGGCCGAUGUCCCUCAGAGCCAAACUCCCUGCUGGAUGGUUGGUACGUGGAAACCAGCCAGAAAGGCAACAGAAAAAUGAAGAGCUGACAGAUGAAGAGAAGGAGAUCAUCAACCGAGUAAUAGCUCGAGCAGAGAAAAUGGAAGAAAUGGAGCAGGAGCGUAUUGGGCGUCUCAUGAACCGUUUGGAGGACAUGCGCAAGAAUGUGGCUGGCGAUGGGGUCAAUCGCUGCAUCCUGUGCGGAGAACAGCUGGGAUCAGCUUGUGUCGUGUGUGAGGACUGCAAAAAGAAUGUCUGCACAAAGUGUGGCGUCGAGGCAACCAACAGCCGCCCUCAUUCCAUCUGGUUGUGCAAGAUCUGCAGCGAGCAGAGAGAGGUGUGGAAGCGUUCGGGGGCCUGGUUUUUCAAGGGCAUGCCCAAGCAAGUGCUGCCUCAGCCAAUGCCCGUCACCAAGAACAAGCCGUGGCAAGCCCCCGGGGAACCUGCCUCCUUGGAGCCACCUGCUCAGGACCCGAAACUCCACUCUCGCACACUGAGCCGAGGCCAAACUGAGGCUGGGGCCCCUGCCGAACAGGACUCUUACGGUGGCCCUGAGGAGAAGAGGGGAGUGGGCAGGAAACCAGUCAAAUCCCGCGACCCCAGCCACGAUUCUGAACGUGGCUAUAGUUCUGAAGAAGAGAAUCCUGCUGCCUACAGGGGAAGGAAAGGGAUGAGACAAAGGCCAGAAGCAGGCAGUGAACCAACAGCUGCUGCUUCUGGCCGGGGAAGCUACCCACCUCCUAGCCGCAAACCGUCUGAGGUCAGAAUGGCUCCAAGUGGCAGCGAGUUUGCUGGCAGGGUUGCUGAGAACUGGGAGUACGCAGCGGAAAGUGAAGUCAACUGGAGCCCUGGAAGUGUAAAACGUGCCAAUUCCGUUCAAGCCUCCAGGCCUCCUCCAGCGACUAGUCAGAGCUCUGUUGCCCAGGCUACUCAGCCAGCUCCUCCAGUGAGUGGCAGACAAGAGCCCGGGCCUGCUGGGAGAUAUCCAGAAAGACAAGUGAGCCAGUUGAUGGGCCCUCCCCAGAUAGACCCGGCCUAUUCAGCAGCAGCACCCAGGGAUGAGAGAGGAGAUGGCGGUGGUUACUCGAUGCCUGCAGCCAGAGAGGAGAGAGCUAUGCACCAGCCUGCCCCAUAUACGCAAGCUGCCGCUCCGCCUGCGCCACCUGCACGUCAACUCCCGCCGCCUCAGGAUGACGACGAGGAUGAGGCCAACAGCUAUGAUUCUGAUGAAGCAACCACGCUGGGGGCUCUGGAGUUCAGUCUGCUCUACGACCAGGAGAAGAGCUCUUUGCACUGCACUCUCAUCAAAGCCAAAGGCUUAAAACCAAUGGACUCCAAUGGUUUAGCUGAUCCUUAUGUAAAGUUGCACCUAUUGCCAGGAGCCAGUAAGUCAAACAAAUUGAGGACCAAGACUCUGCGCAACACUCGCAACCCCAUAUGGAAUGAGACACUGGUGUAUCAUGGCAUUACGGAUGAAGAUAUGCAAAGGAAAACACUCAGGAUCUCGGUGUGCGAUGAAGACAAAUUUGGCCACAAUGAAUUUAUCGGUGAAACUCGAGUUUCUCUGAAGAAACUCAAAUCCAACCAGAAAAAGAACUUCAACAUCUGCUUGGAGAGAGUAAUACCGAUGAAGCGGGCUGGAACAACCGGCUCCUCUCGCGGGAUGGCGCUGUACGAAGAGGAGGUAGACCGCGGUGGUGAUGUGGAAGAACGAGGAAAGAUCCUUGUGUCCCUCAUGUACAGCACCCAGCAGGGAGGCCUGAUUGUUGGCAUUGUCCGUUGUGUCCAUUUAGCUGCCAUGGAUGCCAAUGGAUACUCGGAUCCUUUCGUUAAACUUUGGCUGAAACCUGACGUGGGGAAAAAGGCCAAGCAUAAGACGCAGAUUAAAAGAAAGACAUUGAAUCCCGAAUUUAAUGAGGAGUUUUUCUAUGACAUAAAACACAGCGAUCUGGCCAAGAAAUCACUGGACAUAUCGGUCUGGGAUUAUGAUAUUGGCAAAUCUAACGAUUAUAUCGGCGGAUGUCAGCUGGGCAUCACCGCCAAGGGGGAGCGUUUGAAACACUGGUACGAGUGUCUGAAGAAUAAGGAUAAGAAAAUUGAACGCUGGCACACUUUACAAAACGAGAACCACCUUGCAAGCGAUUAAGGUCCCCAGCACAAGUCUCUCUGAAGUCCACACCCUCUGCCAAGUCACAGUAGAUUUCCAAUGUCUGUCUUCCGAAGCCGAUGCUACAUGUCUUGCCUACAUCUCCUUGGAUCCCAGGAACGUUAUGCUGCCCCGUCUUCUUGACGCCAGCAUCCUCUGUUCACCAUUCUCAUCCCAAAGAGCAACCUGGAUCUCGUGUGUUCAAAUCCAUUUCUGACAGUGCAUCAUUCUGAUGUAUGAUUUUGUCAAGCAAUAGCCACACACUGAGGAUUUUCAUUUCUCACCAGUCUAACCUGCAUCAUAAUAUUGUUUCCUAUUCUGUUUGUUGAAGGUGUUUGUUCGUGAGGUGGUGUUUUACUUGGGUGCUCAUUGUUCUGUCCUCAUUAACCCACGUGCAUUUAUUUUUCUCUCUGCACGUCUCUUUCCACUCCCCUCAUUUUUCUCUUCACCAACUGAAGUACUUUUAACAUCAGUUCUGUCUAUUGGGAUGCACAGUCAUUAAACCUACCCUAUUACUGUUUUCAGCAUGUGAUGGGGGAGCAGUUUGAAAGUUGUCACAGCAUCGGACAGUUCAGUUCAUUUGAUAUCAAUACCUCAGUUGCAAUAAGCAAAAGGCUGUUUGUUCUGUGCUGGGUUUGGUUAUAAACAUAACUCAGUAACUGCAUUUCCACUGAUAUAAUCUGGAGAGCACUAGGUAUUUGGCUUCUUUUCCAAAAGGAACAUUUUUGCAGUGUACAGAGCUAGCAGACAGGGUGGUAAAUACUUUUGAGUUUUCACAGAAAGGACACUGAGUGUUAUGGCAUUUCAAUAAAUAACUGGAGAUAGAGAGCCACCUUCUGCGUGCUCAUUUUGGAAACACCAGAUCUGAGUUUUGAUUUGUUUCAGACACAAUUAAUUUUGGAACUAGGAACCUGCACAUGCUCUUACUCUAGGAAUCGUUUGUUGUCUUAGACUUGUGACCACCUCCCAUUCCACGGAAUAUGGCUACAUAACCUAGCAAAUAGCUGUAUUUUGGGGGCUGAAUUUGUUAAGCUCUCUUGAGACAGUGUUUUCUGUUUCAUAAUAAUUUCAUAGAUGUUCAUUUUACCACCUGCAGGUGGGAAAACAUUUCCUAAGGAGUUGAUGUGUUUAGGUAUUUGUUUUCCUUUUAAAAUACAGCACUUAAUGAAAUUAUCUGGGACAGUUAGUGGUCUUCCAACUUCAAUUUUCUGGUGGGUUUCCUUUUAUUAUUGCACAAAAGAAAGAUUUGCUUCAAUCUGUGCUUAAUUUCUUGUUUGUGGGUAUUUUAUUUCAUAUCAACUAAAAGAGAGUCGACAAGCUCUUGAAUUGAUAUUGAUCUUUUUGAUACCAAUCUGAUCCAUCUGCUGUUUUGUACAACCUUCAAGCAUAGCAAUGUCAGGAUUAGUACAGUAAGUACUCCUGGAAUAUAUGGUCGCUCAGCUACAAACUUCGCAUGCUAAACAAAACCUAAAGACCUUGGUUCAGGCUCCUUGGUUCAUGACUCCUUUGCAGGCUGCUGCUCUCCUCUCUGCUACGGUGGUGGUGUUGUGUGGUGUAUUCUGAACUGAGCUGUACCUCAGUGUCCUUUAAUUUUCUAUGUUGAUGAGUUAUUUUCUUAUUCUUGGCUUUUUUCAGUGGAAUUUAAUAGUACUGGUCAUUUGCAAUGAACAUCUUUAUAAAGCUUUAACUUCACAGACAGAGUGGAAAAUCCAAUCCUCUCUCCUGCAUGAAGGUUUCAAUGGGCUGUCACUGUAGUGUAUUCCUGUGAUGUGCUUUUACACAGAAGAAACUAUAGGCUAGUAAUCCUCCUAACUGGAGUUCUUCGCUUUCUUCACCCGCCGUUUCUUUUAGAGCCUUGAGACCAUGGGGGCAGUCCCUGGAAGUGAAAGAAGUGCAUUGCUCAACUGAAUAACCUCACUCCUAGCGCAUCACCAGAUCGUGGGCCCUGCGCAUGUCUCCUAAGCUGCUGUUUUAGUUUGUGGAUUGUUUCUUGUCCUCUUGUGCAGUGUGAUUCUUUCACGCUUGUAGAACAUAGAUGUAUAGCAUUACAGGGAGUGCUGGCUCCUGUGGUCAUUUAAAUGUCAAUGUGAUAAAACUGAGAUGAGUUUUCUCCCUCCCUCCAAGGUGAAUAAAGCUCAAUAUUGUUUGCAUUGUUCUGAGUAAAACCAACAAAGGCUUUCUGCACCCUCAGACACCCGUCCACACAACACUACAGGACGCUGUUGCUCUGGGCCAAACCACAGCAGGGGACUGUUGCACCAUCGAUUUGAUAAGGGAUCACAUCCAGACCUGGUGCAUGUCCCCUCCCCUCUUUCAACAGGCAGGUGGCAAUGCUAAUGUUUAUGGUGCCUUCUUUUGGUUCCCCUUUCCCCUCUGACUGCCCCUUCUCCCCUAGCUGUGAUUUCAGAGGGCCAGUCUUUUCUCUGCCUUAGAGUGGGUGGGUCUGUGCUGCAGGCAUUUUAUGGUUCAUUCGGGUCAACCCAGAGUGUUGGAGUUGGGCCCAUGAUGUGAAGGUCACAUCCUGACCUUUCCCAAGGCUGAGGGACUCAGAGCUGGGUUUUCGGCUAAGGAACCUGCAUGUCUAUUCAGCCUUUCUUCCCUUUUCAAGAUGGUGGUGCCGUCUGCCCCCUGAGGUGACUGGUGUACUGAACAGGGCAUACAGGCUGGCCCAGCCUCUCUGAGCUGAAUCUG